AUGUCUUCACUCGAAGCGAUUGAUCUUAAGAGGUUGAUUUACAUGACUGCUGCUAGUGCACUUUGCAUGAUUCCGACCUCGUACACGAAGACGGCCGUCGAACAAUUCAAGAGGACGUGGAUGAAACUCGUACUCAUACGAGCUAUAGUUGAGCUCGACAACGACCGUGCUGUUCGUGGGGAUACCCAUCGCAUUGAUCUUCGUAUCGCUACUGGAGAGGUGGACACUCUGGGGGAGUCACUGGAGACAGCACUGAGCUCGACGAUCAGAGAGACUGUUGAAGCAACUCUGUGGCUUGGGAAAGCCACGAACAAUUCAGAAGAGAUUUUAACCCCCGAGAACACCGCCUUUGAUGCUAAGGGACUGAUUGGCCGUAAGUUCGAUGAUCCCGUGGUCCAGCACGGUAUGGAGCUGUGGUGUCGAUUCGACACUGUCGAAGCCAAGCAGUUCCAUGCUGAGGAGAUCUCCUAUAUGGUCCUCACUAGGGUGAAGGAGACUGCUGAGGGCCUCCUUGGUGGUAAGGUGACUGAUGCUGUGGUUACUGUGCCCGCCCGUUUCAACGAUUCCCAGAGACAGGCCAAUAAUGAUUCUGGCUCUAUUGCUGGUCUCAACGUCCUUCGUACUAUCAAUGAGCCGACUGCCGCUGCUAAGGGGCAGGGUGAGGAGAACCUUCUCAUCUACGAUCUUGGUGGCGGAACCUUCGAUGUCUCCCUCUUGACCCUCGAGGAUGGUAUCUUCGAGGUUAAGGCCACUGCUGGUGGUGAGGAUUACGAUAACCGCAUCCUCGACUUCUGCAUGGAAGACUCAAAGCGUAAGAAUCGACCAUCUUAG